AUGGCGGGGCAGCUGAUCCAAGACACAAGGUUAAAUACCACAAUAAAGAGGAUUUUUAAAGACAUGGUUGAGAAGACCCCUUUUGCAAACUAUUUCAUGUCACUCAUUCAGUAUGCUAUUUUCCAUAGAGAUCUUACAUUUGGAAUAGCAACAAGCACUGCAUCAGCACCACUGCCAGUGAGUCAAACUCUACCACCAAAAGCUGCAGUGGUUACAAAUCCAUCUUCCCCAGUUGCAGUGGAUGAGACUAUACAUCCACCACCCCUGGCUGCACAACCUCCACUCUCGCCACCCACAGCAGCAAUCACUCUGGCUCCAAACCCACCAUGCCAGGCUGUGCCAGCACCAACUGAAACUGAACCUGCUGCACGUACUUUACUGGCCCCUACUCUGCAUCCCCUGCAAUCACAAACAUCACCAUCCUCUGUCACACUUACCACCUUGACUCCAAACAAGGCAUCCCUGGAUGUUCCAGCAGUAUUUUCACCUCAGCCUGCUGCAAGUUCCUCACUGGCCCAAGCACCAACCUCACCAGCACCAACUACAUCUCAACUUGAUGCAUUUACCUUGCUGGCCUCUACUCCCCUGUCCCAUGCUUCACUAGCGUCAACUGCAGCAAAAGGAAAUGCAACAGAACUACCUGAUCAAAAAGGGCCAAAUGACAGUGGUAUUAGUUUAGAUGUGGAAUUAGGAGCCAUAGAAGACAAUAACAUAGAAAACACAGUGUGUGGAGGCUUGAAUAGCAAAUUGUCAAACCCUGCCAAAAUACCAGGAAGCGGAUACAAAUAUUGUGUCUGCAAGCAGGUGAGUACAUGAAGGAAGCAGAACAGAAGGCCAGUCUUUUCAUAACACUGCAGAUAGGAUGUUCAUUGUACAAUUCAUGGGAAUAUAUUAAAACUGUGCUCUUUCUGGCACAUUCCUAACAAGUUUACAUUUGAGUGCUCAAGACAUCAAUAAAAAGGGUAGUUUAAUAUUCAAGUAAAACUAAAAUUGCAAUUCUAUACUAUUAAUGCUAUUCAGAAACCAGGUAAAAAAAUUAUUGGAGAAAUCCUUUAACUGUUUCCAGGAAAGAUCACAAAAUGAAGAGACAACAUGGUGGUGUGUGAGAACUGAAAACGAAAGAAAAAUGAAAAGGUAAAUAUAACUUCUGUAAGACUGCAAAAUGCAUUAAUACAUUAAAAACAUCACAUAGCAGGCAUCUGAUCCUAAUGUUAAGCUCUCUAGAAAAGUGAAGGUUGCUUUUGUAUAUAACUAAUUUUGGGUAAAGUCAUUCCAAAACCCAUAAAUGACAAUCCUUGAUCACAAUAAAUUUUGUUUCCACACAAUGGGGAGUGGAAUUCAUAGUUAAAUCAGGCAAGGUCAUAAUAUGCAGAUACUAAGCAAAUUAAGUGCAGCUACUUAGAAACGUGAGCAGUAAUGAUAAGAAUCAUUGCCACCAAAACUAUUUGAUUUUUCGGUGCACCCUUUCCCAACAGUGUCCAGGAAACAGGUUCUUCCACUUGCAGUGUCUAAAGUUGACAAGAGUCCCAAAAGACGACCCAUGGUGAGUGUAGUGGAAGGGGAUAAGAGAGAUGAAUUUCUCUCAAGAUUACACUUUAAACCCCUAAAUAUCCACAUACCAAUUCACCAAAAUUAUCUCUAAAUUACCACAGAACAAGUAGAUUAAAGCAUUCUUUUCUCUUGGAUGAUUACUUCAUUCAUCCACACAACCUUUUCUCUUAACUAUCUAUUGAUAAUCGAUGUUUGUCAUGUUUGAGAAUGAAGGGAAACUGGGAAAUUAGCAAUAGAGUAAUUUGGUUCCUUCAUUAGCUUUCAUUGCCUCAUCUUUACACAGCUUUCUUAUUAAACUUGUUAUCAACAGACAUGGUUUAAGGAAAAAGCAAAAUGUAAUGAGCUUUGCAUAAUAUAGAACUGAAUUUACAAGUUGAAUCACAUAUUAUUACA